AUGGCUGCCCCCGCCGAUAUCACGGUUAAGAACCUCAGUGGACAGUGGGUUAUGGACGCCACACUGUCCAACCCCACUGACCCCAUCCUCUCUCUGCAAGGCGUCGGCUGGUUCCUUCGCAAGGCCCUCCCCUACGCCACCGUGACCCUGCACGUCCACGAAUACGCCGACUCCGCCGACCCUAAGGUUUACCACAUCGACGUGGACCAGGUGAUUACCGGUGGAAUUACGGGCACCAAGGAGGCGCGCACCCUGGACUGGACCUCUCGCGAGCACACCGAUAACAUCUUCGGUGCGGUCUCCGGCAAGUCACGCCACUUCCGCGGGGAGAAGGGUCGUCCUGCUAUUGAAUUCCAGACUAGCGUUGGCAAGCCCGAGGACGAUGCCAAGGUCCAGAAGUUCCUACGUGGUGAGGUCCUGGCGGAUGGCUCGGCCAGCGAUGGAUUUAUCAUUGACAAUGAGGGUGAGGAGUUCGGUGAAGGCGAGGGUCUGUUUGUGCAGAGUUUCGUGGAGAGCAAGGACAAUGGCUGGACUGCUGAGCAGAUCUGGGGCUUCGAGAUUGUUGAUGGCGAGCGUCGCCACACUCGUCGUGUUGCCGUUGUCAAGAACGGCCAAGUUGAACUUGCACGUCUGGUGUACACCUUCGAGGCGCGGCGCGCUGAGUAA